GGGGCGGCGGCGGCGCUGCGGGUGCACCACGGUGCGGUGGACCAGACGACAAUCACGACGGGGGCGCCGCCCGAGGUGAUGAAGAAGGUGCGCGCGGCGCUGGAGGGGAUGGGGAUGGAAGUGCAGGUGGAGAGCGAGUACAAGUAUCGGUGCGUGCGCGCGAAGCGGGGGAAGGGCGCGGGCGGCUCUUCGCAGGUGGCGACGCUCGGCGGGGGCCUUCCCGGCGCGGAGAGCGCGGAGAGCCCGAUGUACGGGGACCCGACGCAGGACCAGGGGGACGAGGUGCGGUUCUACGUGGAGCUGACGCGGUUGGAUCGGUUGAACGACACGUUCAGCUUGGAUAUUCGCCGGUUAAAGGGGAAUUUGAGGAGCUACAAGUUUUUGUACGAUACGCUGAGA